AUGCAAACGGAAGCGACGGUGGGGGUAGUGGAAGGCGGUGGACCCGCUCGUAAAUUGGUAAUGCAUCACCAGAGGCCAGUGCAACAGCAGCAAUCUCAGGUAGGGACGGUGUCUCAGCUCAUAGCCGGUGGUGUUGUCAGAGCCGUUAGCAAGACCUGCACUGCACCUCUAGCUCGCCUCACUAUACUUUUUCAGGGUGUUGAUGGUGGAGAUAUAAUUUCAAAUUUAAGAAGUGGUGUGGCAGCUGAAAAAGCGUUGGCCAUAAUACAAGAGAGGGGUUUCUCCAAUAGAAGGUCUAGGCAUAGGUUGACACCUGGCAUUGUUAAAUAUGCAGAUUUUCAUGUUCUUUCAUUCGAGGGUAGCCAUUGUCUUUCAAUUUUAGAUGUGGUUGAAAAGAUCCAGAAAUCUGGUUUAAGGGAUCUAACAACAAGCAAAACACCAGAGGCCUCAAUAGCUGCUACAUUAUCACGUUGGUGA